CAAUAACCUAAACUUAUAUAUAUUUUUUAAAAUAGUUCUUCUUCUUCCUCUUAUGCAAAUGGAUAAUUCUUCUACAUGUAAUAGUUUUUCUAAUUAUAGUGCAAAAAAUUCAGAUUAUGAUUCCCAAGAAGAAAGUAGUUGGACAUUUUAUUUUCAAGAUUUUAUGUCCAACAAUAAUAAUUCUAAUGAACAAAAUUCUUUAUGUUCUAAUGAAUUACACAUCAAUAAAAAUGGUGGUUUAGAUAUUAAUGAAAAUAGUAUUAAUAAUAAUAAAUCUGUUUUUAAGAAGAGAAAGAUGAAAGGAGUAGCAAGAGAAGUUGAUGAUGAUCUUGAAGAUACAGCAAGUUCACCUGUCAAUAGCCCCAAGGUGUCUUAUAUGAAUGAGUUGUGCUUUAAAAGUCAGAAGGGGAAAAGUUCUGCAAGUAUUUUUGAGGGAAAAGGAAAUAGUAUUUCUGGCCAGCAAAUGAUGACUAGUGGAUUGAAUAAUUCUACAAAGGAAAAUGACUCUACACAAUUGAAGAAAAAAGGAUUAUGCUUAGUACCUAUCUCUAUGUUCACAAAGUGAUGCAUGGAUAAUUAAAUUUGCUACUCCUACAUAAAAUGUAUAUAUA